GCCAAGGAAACAAAAACCCCUAGCCGUGUGCCCGUGCAUCAGGAUCGAGCACCAUGGUGCAUCAGGCUCAGGGACAGAUGGUGCAGGAGGUGGCCGCCGGCAGCCUCCCCGCGCCGCCGAGCCGGUACGUGCUGCGGGAGGCGGACCGCCCAACCGGCGGCGUCGCGGCGCCCGAGCUAGCCUUCCCCACCGUCGACGUGCAACGCCUGGCGGAUCCCGGCGACGUCGAGGAGGCCGCCAAGCUUCGGUCGGCGCUCGAGUCCUGGGGCCUCUUCGCGGUGACCGGCCACGGCAUGCCGGAGUCGCUCCUGGACGGCCUCCGCGACGCCGGGCUGGAGUUCUUCCACCUGCCGCCGGAGGAGAAGCUGAAGCACGCCAACCGGACCGAAGCCGGCGAGUUCCAGCCGGAGGGGUACGGCAUCGACCGCGUGGACACCGACGAGCAGGUCCUGGACUGGUGCGACCGGCUCUACCUCACGGUGCAGCCGGAGGAGGAGCGGCGGAUGCAGUUCUGGCCCACCCGCCCACCGUCCCUCUCGAAGCUCCUCCACGAGUACACCCUGGGCAGCGAGAAGGUGGCCAGGCGCGUGCUCGCGGCCAUGGCGAGGGCGCUGGGGUUCGACGAGGGGUUUUUCCUCGACCACGUCGGCGAGAACGUCGCCACGUACGCGCGGUUCACCUACUACCCGCCGUGCCCGCGGCCGGACCUCGUGUACGGGCUGAAGCCGCACACGGACAACUCCGUGGUCACCGUGCUCCUCCUCGACCGCGACGUCGGCGGGCUGCAGGUGCUCAGGGACGGCCGGUGGGUGGACGUCCCCGUGCUCCGCCGCGGCGAGCUGCUCGUCGUCGUCGGCGAGGAGAUGGAGAUCAUGAGCAACGCGGUGUUCCGGGCGCCGACGCACCGCGUGGUGACGAGCGAGAGGGAGAGGAUGACGCUGGUGCUGUUCUACCAGCCGGAGCCGAACAGGGACCUGGCGCCCGCCGAGGAGCUCGUCGGCGAGGACCGGCCGGCGAUGUACAGGAAGCUCAGGGCCAAGGCCUUCGCCGACGGGUUCUGGGACGCCUUCGCGCUCGGCGAGCGCACCAUCGACUUCCUCAAGAUCAAGGUCGAGCAGGAGCAGCUGGAACUGAAGGCGGCUUCUUGAGCGCGUACGUGUCAGUGUCAUUAACACCGUAUCCACGUUGUACACUUCGUCUCCUGUCGUUCGCGUGUGAAUCAUCAGUAUACGAUAGUACGAGAUGUGGCGCAGUUCUCUUCACGGAAUAAUCUUGAUGGAUGUGAUGAAAUAAAGCUGGAAGUGUUGUGUCU